AUGAAGCGGGAAGGCGGGGUGAAGGCGGAGUCGCGCGAGGCGGCCACACCGCGCGCCUACCGCGACAUUCCGCUAUACUCGAUAGGCGCACGCACGUCGGUGACGCAUCUUAUGAAGUUUGCGAGUCACCAGCGUGUCGAUCCGAACCAGGAGGAGCAGUUCACGCCGCCUGUGAAGUUGAACCGCAAGAUGCCGCUGCGCCUCAAGAUGCCGCCCGCACAGCCUGGAGAUCCUGUGAUUGAUCGUUGGGGCAAGCCUGUCAUGACCAAGGAGGGCCCGCCGCUCCGGUGGCCAGCACCGGACGCCGAUCUUGAGGCGAUCCAGCCAUACCUCGGUCUAGACCAGCAAGCGUGCGUAUCCGCCACUGACCACAGACUGGAAAACGAGGAGGCCGCUGCCUCUGGCGUGGGUAUAUCGCGCAGCCGCCCAUUCCGCAAACGUGUGCGCGAGGUGCACAAGUCGGCCAAUGCGGCGCGACGCACACGCAACGAGGAGUUUUUCCCGUGGGUCCUCGAGGACUUUGAGACAUCGCAGGAGUGGGAAAGCUCACGCGAGCCUCUACCCAACAGCCUCAAAGCACUAGAACAGUACUAUUACGCAGAGAAAGAGCGGCGCGAGCACGGGCUCCCUCCGCCCAAGACAGAGCCGGGUGCCGCUUCGCAGACACUCGUUGCACCUCAUGCGCCUUGGAUCGGACAGCUUGAAGGCGACUCAGACGAAAACUCGACAUCACACCAUGUGCUCUUUGCAUUUGACGAGCGCAAUGCGGGUGGCUUCCAGGUCGUGCCGGUCCGGCGGCAGUACAAGUUUAUGCAGCUACACAAGCAUGCGAUGACCAGCGACCAGAUCGAAGAAGAGUUUUCCAAGCAGCAGAGGAGUGCCGAAUCAGAUCGGUGGAUGAUGCGUACGAGGUACAACACGGGCGCGGGUCUCGGUGGCCCGGACGGGCUGCGCGGUGUGCGGCGGGCGGGCGGCCGUGGCCUCCCAUCGCUGGCGCUGCCCGGUGCGCCCUCUCUCGGAUGGCAGAGCAGCGCACAGCUCGUGGCGGUGCGUGGCGAGCGUGAGCGCAUGCGCGACGACGAUGACGACCUCUUUGGCUCCAUGCCGAAGCAGGAGACGACGUACGAUGAGCUUGACUUUGAGGAAGAGUUUGCUGAUGACGAGGAAAAGCCGAUAGUCGGCGACGAUGCGGAAGACCCCGAGGCGCGUGAGCUCGAGGACCGCCUCAAGCGCGAGAUGGUCGCAGACCGUGUCGACGACGAUGUGCGCAUCAAGCGUGAGCCGGACGAGUACGACGACGCCGUCGCCGUCAACCGGCGGAGCGGGGGCGACGCACUAUUUGGCGACGCUUCGUAUGGACGCCACGACGACGCCAUGCUUACAGGGUCAGGUCGCCAGAUGCGCAAGAUCAUGAAGGCCCUCAGCCAGCGCGAGGGCCUCGACAUGUACGACAGCGACGAGGAGGCCAAGAACCCGUACGCCAGCGACGAAUCCGACGACGAGGACCUGGACGUGCUGCACCCUGAACGUGCCAUUCUUGCGGCCCGCGAAGAAAAGGCGCGGCAGGAGCGCCUUGCCAAGGAAGCUAAUGGGGUGUCUUCAGCCACAUCGCCCGAGCCUGAUGGCGGCGUGAAGCGCAAGAACGAUAUGCCGCCGCGCUCGGAUGACGGCCUCAAGCGUGCUAGAACCGACUCGCGCGCGAGUUCGCCUAGCGCUGGCAUGGCUGGUCGCUCUGGCUCGCCACCGCGUCCCCUCACGCCGCUCGAGUUGGAACUCGUGCAGCUCAUUUCCGACGGGCGCAUAACUAACACGACCGAUCUCGUGCAGCACUUCCGCGCACGCCUCAAGCAGGGGGGCGCUGCGCUCAAGGAGGAGCUGAGUGCGGCUGUCAAGCGCAUUGCCUAUAUGGACAAGAAGGAGAAUCGGCUCAAGCUCAAGGACGCCGUCGCCGAGGGUGCCGCGUCGCCCGCCCGUAGUCCGUAG